UGCUCCCUUGCAGGCUGCAGUACCAGGCUCUUGGCUGCGGGGCUCGGUGAAUCGAAGAUCCAGCUUCCAAAAUGUGGCAGCUCUUGGCCACCCUUAGCUGCCUGGUGGUGCUGACGGGUGCCCAGAGAAGGCCGCCUUUCCAGCCGCUGUCGGAUGAGCUGGUCCACUAUGUUAACAAACAGAACACUACGUGGAAGGCUGGACACAACUUCCACAAUGUGGACCGGAGCUACCUGAAGAAGCUGUGUGGCACCUUCCUGGGUGGGCCGAAGCCGCCCCAGAGACUUUGGUUUGCCGAGAACAUGAUUCUGCCUGAAAGCUUCGAUGCCCGGGAGCAGUGGUCUAACUGCCCGACCAUCAAAGAGAUCCGGGACCAGGGCUCCUGCGGGUCCUGCUGGGCGUUUGGGGCCGUGGAAGCCAUUUCAGACCGAAUCUGCAUCCGCACCAAUGGGCACGUCAGCGUGGAGGUGUCUGCCGAGGACAUGCUCACCUGCUGUGGCGACCAGUGUGGGGACGGCUGUAAUGGGGGCUUUCCUGCUGAAGCCUGGAACUUCUGGACAAAAAAAGGCUUGGUUUCCGGUGGCCUCUAUGACUCGCAUGUUGGCUGCAGACCCUACUCCAUCCCUCCCUGUGAGCACCAUGUGAAUGGCUCCCGGCCCCCAUGCACAGGAGAGGGGGAUACCCCCAAGUGCAGCAAGAUCUGCGAGCCCGGCUACACCCCAUCCUACAAAGAAGACAAGCACUAUGGAUGCAGUUCCUACAGCGUGUCCAGUAGCGAGAAGGAGAUCAUGGCAGAGAUCUACAAGAACGGCCCGGUAGAGGCGGCCUUCUCCGUGUAUUCUGACUUCCUGAUGUACAAGUCUGGCGUGUACCAGCACGUCACUGGAGAAAUGAUGGGAGGCCACGCUGUCCGCAUCCUGGGCUGGGGAGUGGAGAAUGGCACACCCUACUGGCUGGUGGGCAACUCCUGGAACACGGACUGGGGCGACAAUGGCUUCUUUAAAAUCCUCAGAGGACAGGAUCACUGUGGAAUUGAAUCAGAAAUUGUGGCUGGUAUUCCAUGCACUGACCAGUACUGGAAAAAGAUCUAAUCUGCUGUGGGAUUAGUUCUGCCAGCCCUGGGGUACUGUUUCCCUAAAUAUAGCCAGUUGGGCUGGUGAGGAGAUG